AUGACAGCUUUCCGAAAAACAUUCUCCAGCGGUGGUCAUGCUUCUCGAUCAGCGUGUAGACAAACGAGGCAAUACUCCGCCCCCGUGGACGGGUCCAUUCCCGUGGCGAAACAGAAAUAUGUCCCUACAACAGGCACCUACCCCAAAGGAUUCCUCGUUUCUGGCACCCAUGUGGGUGUAAAAGCGUCCAACACACGCUUUCCAGACCUCGCACUCUUGACAUCCGAAAGGCCGGCAUCCGCUGCUGCAGUAUUCACGCAGAACAUUUUUCAAGCCGCCCCUGUCACAAUUAGCCGAAACAUCCUCCAGAAACGUUCCGGCGAGGGUAUCAGAUCCGUAAUAAUCAAUUCCGGCUGCGCAAAUGCCGUCACAGGGAAAGGCGGGCUCGAGGAUGCUACUAGCAUGGCGGCAUCCCUUGAUGGGCUACUACCCGACUCUUCGUCCCCGGACCGUACUCUCGUCAUGUCCACUGGAGUAAUUGGCCAACGCCUUCCCAUCAAGAAGAUUCUCCAGGCCGUGCCCAAAGCGGUGUCCAAUCUCGAAAACACGCACGACUCAUGGCUUACGACCGCCCGAUCGAUAUGUACUACCGACACCUUCCCUAAACUCCUCUCCAUGACAUUCACCCUCCCCUCUUCUCCAACUAUCACCUACUCAAUAGCAGGAAUGACCAAAGGUGCCGGCAUGAUCCAUCCAAACAUGGCCACGCUCCUCGGCAUCCUUUGCACCGACGCUCCCAUCCCAGCCUCAACCCUCCAACCUCUUCUCACCCACGCCGUCGAGCGCUCCUUCAACGCCAUAAGCAUAGACGGCAGCACAAGCACCAAUGAUACCCUCGCCGUCCUCGCUAAUGGCGCCGCUGGCGGCCAGCCCGUCACUUCGCCUGCUUCAGAGGAUGGAAGAGCAAUGCAAAGGUUGCUCACAGACUUCACGCAGCAGCUCUCCCAACUAGUUGUGCGAGACGGCGAGGGAGCUACCAAAUUCGUGCGAGUCAAGGUCAUCAACUCACCCUCUUUCGCGGAUACCAAACUCAUAGCUUCAUCUAUCGCCCGUGAUCCCUUGGUGAAAACAGCCCUCUACGGGAAAGACGCAAACUGGGGCCGAAUUCUGUGCGCAAUCGGCUACACACAAGGCCUUUCAUCGUCAAAAACAGUCAUUCCAGCCCGAACAUCCGUAAGUUUUGUACCAACCGACGGGUCCGAGCCCCUCAAACUCGUCGUAAACGGGGAGCCCGAGGCCGUGGAUGAGAUGCGUGCGGCCCAGAUCCUCGCCGAAGAGGACCUCGAAAUACUCGUAGACCUGGGAGGCGGAGGGGACGGAACCGGUAAGGAAGAGGCGAGUUAUUGGUUUUGCGAUUUCAGCCACGAAUACGUGACAAUAAAUGGAGAUUAUCGGACUUGA